AGUACAGGUAUACCUAAAGAGAUCGGCGUGGCGGCCAUCUUCGGGCCGCAGUCGGCGCAGACGGCCAGUCACGUGCAGUCCAUCUGCGACAACAUGGAGAUCCCGCACUUGGAGACACGCUGGGACUACAGACUGCGCCGCGAAAGCUGCCUCGUCAACCUCUACCCGCACCCCACCACGCUCUCCAAGGCGUACGUGGACCUCGUGCGCGCGUGGGGGUGGAGGAGCUUCACCAUCGUCUACGAGAGCAACGAGGGCCUGGUGCGCCUGCAGGAGCUGCUCAAGGCGCACGGCCCCUCCGAGUUCCCCAUCGCCGUGCGCCAGCUGCCAGAGGGCGGGGACUACAGGCCGCUGCUGAAGCAAAUCAAAAACAGCGCCGAGUCGCACAUCGUGCUGGACUGCUCGACGACGCGCGUGUACGAGGUGCUGAAGCAGGCGCAGCAGAUCGGCAUGAUGAGCGACUACCACAGCUACCUCAUCACGUCGCUCGACCUGCACGCCGUCGAUCUGGACGAGUUCAAGUACGGCGGCACCAACAUCACGGCCUUCCGCCUGGUCGACCCGGACGACCCUGAGGUGCAGCGGGUGCUCAAGGACUGGGCGUACACGGAGCCCCGCGCCAACACCCCGCCGAGGAAGCCGGACGUCGGGUUGCGGACGGAGACAGCGCUCAUGUACGACGCGGUGCUGCUGUUUGGAAAGGCCCUGCACGACCUUGACAGCAGCCAGCGCAUCGACAUCAAGCCCCUCAGCUGCGAUGCCGCCGACACUUGGCCCCACGGCUACAGCCUCAUCAACUACAUGAAGAUCGCUGAAAUGCGCGGGCUGACGGGCGUCAUCAAGUUCGACAACCAGGGCUUCCGCUCCAACUUCGCGCUGGACAUCGUGGAGCUGAGCCGCGACGGCCUCAAGAAGAUCGGCACCUGGAACUCCACGGAGGGUGUCAACUUCACCCGCACCUACGGCGAGGUGUACACGCAGAUCGUGGAGAGCCUGCAGAACAAAACCUUCAUCGUUACAACCAUCUUGAGCUCGCCUUACUGCAUGUUCAAAGACACCAGUGAGAAGUUAACGGGCAACUCCCAGUUCGAGGGCUACAGCGUCGACCUCAUCCAUGAGAUUUCCAAGAUUCUAGGCUUCAACUACACCAUUCGACUUGUUCCAGACGGCCGCUAUGGCUCUCUCAACAGGGAUACACGCGAAUGGGAUGGCAUGAUGAAAGAGUUGCUUGAUCAGAAAGCGGACUUGGCUAUUGCUGACCUCACCAUUACAUAUGAUCGUGAACAAGCAGUUGAUUUCACCAUGCCCUUUAUGAACCUCGGAAUCAGCAUUUUGUACCGAAAACCAAUCAAGCAACCUCCCAACUUGUUUUCGUUCCUCUCCCCUCUGUCACUGGACGUUUGGAUAUACAUGGCAACCGCUUACCUGGGCGUCUCCGUUCUUCUCUUCAUUUUAGCACGGUUCACCCCGUACGAGUGGCAGAACCCGCACCCCUGCAACCCGGACCCGGACCACCUGGAGAACCAGUUCACGCUGCUCAACUGCAUGUGGUUCGCCAUCGGCUCGCUCAUGCAGCAGGGCUGCGACUUCCUGCCCAAGGCCGUGUCGACGCGCAUGGUGGCCGGCAUGUGGUGGUUCUUCACGCUCAUCAUGAUCUCCUCGUACACCGCCAACCUGGCCGCCUUCCUCACGGUGGAGCGCAUGGAUUCGCCCAUUGAGAGCGCCGAGGACCUGGCCAAGCAGACCAAGAUCAAGUACGGAGCCCUCCGCGGAGGGUCGACCGCGGCGUUUUUCAGGGACUCCAACUUCUCGACGUACCAGCGCAUGUGGUCGUUCAUGGAGUCGGCGCGGCCCAGCGUGUUCACGGGCUCCAACGUGGAGGGCGUGGAGCGGGUGGUGAAGGGCAAGGGCGGCUACGCCUUCCUCAUGGAGUCCACCUCCAUCGAACUCUCCGUACCGCACGGCCAUCAGUGGCGCCAUCUUGAAACUGCAGGAGGAGGGGAAGCUGCACAUCCUGAAGACUCGCUGGUGGAAGGAGAAACGAGGAGGAGGCUCGUGUCGGGACGAGAACACCAAGAGCAGCAGCACGGCCAACGAGCUGGGGCUGGCCAACGUGGGCGGCGUGUUCGUGGUGCUGAUGGGCGGCAUGGGCGUGGCGUGUGUCAUCGCCGUGUGCGAGUUCGUGUGGAAGUCGCGCAAGGUGGCCGUGGAGGAGCGGACGCGAGCACGCGCUCCGUGUACCUCUCUCGCACAGUGUCGAAAUAGCCAAGGACUUGGGACCUGGCACCCUGACCCGGUGCGUCACCGCU